GCCAAUGCCAUAGCCUAACCCUCUGGUCUUCUUUCUCUCCCUCUCCCUCUCCCUCUCCCUCUCUCUCUCUGCUUGUAUCUCUCUUUUGGCAAUCGAUUUACAGGAAUCCAAUUCCUUACCACUAAAUAUGGGACCUUACAAAGUUCUAAAUUCUCAAAUGCUUGCACACAGUAAACUCAACCCCGCCUUUGUCACCGCCCCAUAUCAACUUCACUGCUAUUCACUUCUCUCUUCAACUCCAAGCCCGAAUACUGACCACCCACAGACGCGGAAGAUCUACGCAAACUUUUCCACAACUUCACCGCCAGUAACUACCCACCAAGAACUGCUCAAGUCAAUUCAAUCUUCUCGUUGGCAUUUUAUCAAACACCUUGCUCCAAGCUUAACACCCUCCCUUGUUUCCGCUACUUUAUUGUCCCUCCAAAAAAAACCUGAUUUGGCUCUUCAAUUCACAACCCACAUUGAAUUUAACUCUCUUGAUAUCAAAACCAAAUGCCUUGCCAUUGCUGUAAUCUCUCCGUCACCAUCCCCAAAAGCUAGCUUGCAACUUUUGAAACAAACCAUUAGUAGUAAUAUUGCUACCGUUGAGGAUGUUUUUAAUGAGCUGGAAAGUGCUCUGGAUCAGUUAAAUACUAAAAGUUCUAUUCUUUUUGAUUUGUUGAUAAGGGCUUGUUGUGAAAUGAAGAGAGGUGAUAAUGCAUUUAUGUGUUUCGAUAUGAUGAAGAAAAAAGGUACAGUUCCUAAGAUCGAAACAUGUAAUGAUAUGUUGAGUUUGUUUCUGAAGUUGAAUAGGACAGAUGUUGCUUGGGUUUUGUAUGCAGAGAUGUUUAGGUUGAGGAUUCAGUCAACUGUUUAUACGUUUAAUAUAAUGAUCAAUGUUUUGUGCAAGGAAGGGAAAUUAAAGAAGGCUAAGGAGUUUAUUGGGUUUAUGGAGAGUUUAGGGGUUAAGCCUAAUGUAGUUACAUAUAACACAAUAAUUCAUGGAUAUUGUUGGAGAGGGAGAGUUGAAGGUGCUCGAAUGAUUCUUGAUGUAAUGAAAACUAAGGGCAUUGAACCUGAUUCGUACACCUAUGGUUCACUUAUUAGUGGGAUGUGUAAAGAAGGAAGACUUGAGGAGGCAUCUGGACUGCUUGAGAAAAUGAAGGAAAUUGGUUUGCGACCAAAUGCUGUGACUUAUAAUACCUUGAUAGAUGGGUACUGCAAUAAAGGGAAUUUGGAGAAGGCUUUUGGCUAUAGGAAUGAGAUGGUUGAGAGAGGUAUAUUGCCAACUGUGUCUACAUAUAAUUUGUUGAUUCAUGCAUUAUUUUUGGAAGGUAAGAUGGAUGAAGCUGAUGAUAUGAUAAAAAACAUGGGAGAGAAAGGGAUAUUUCCUGAUUCAAUAACCUAUAACAUCUUGAUUAAUGGAUAUUGCAGAUGCGGGAAUGCAAAGAAAGCAUUUAGCCUUCACAAUGAAAUGGUAGGUAAAGGCAUUCAGCCUACACGGAUAACUUACACAUCACUAAUAUAUGUUUUGAAUAAACGGAAUAGAAUGAGAGAAGCUGACAACCUGUUUGAAAAUAUAGUCCGCAAAGGUGUGUUUCCAGAUCUUAUAAUGUUCAAUGCCUUGAUUGAUGGUCACUGUGCUAAUGGGAAUAUAGAUCGCGCAUUUGCAUUGUUGAAGGAGAUGGAUACAAGGAAAGUUUUUCCUGAUGAAGUGACAUACAAUACCCUAAUGAGAGGCCGUUGUAGGGAGGGAAAAGUUGAAGAAGCUCGCAAGCUUCUUGAAGAGAUGAAGAGCAGAGGAAUUAAACCUGAUCAUAUUAGUUAUAAUACUUUGAUUAGUGGGUAUAGUAGGAGAGGUGAUAUGAAUGAUGCCUUUAAAGUUAGAGAUGAGAUGCUGAGCAUAGGAUUCAAUCCCACACUUCUUACUUAUAAUGCCCUCAUACAGGGUUUGUGCAAAAACCAGGAAGGACAGCAUGCUGAAGAGCUCCUCAAAGAAAUGGUUAGUAAAGGCAUUGCCCCUGAUGAUAGCACUUACAUUUCUUUGAUUGAGGCGAUGGGAAAUGCUGACGACUUGCGCAAAACUAGUGAUUCAUAAUCAAUUUGUUUGACAACAACAUUCGAAUUGUUAGAAGUUUUGAGGGGAUUAGCUCAAAACCUGCAUUUCCUAAUAAAUUUGCAACUGUGGACUGAGAAGCUGAUUGUGGUUCUCUAUGAUUAACUACUUGACUGUUGGAGUGAGACGGUUUACUGUGAGAAUACAAAUAUAUAUAUGUACUUUUUAAAAUUAACUUCUUCCUUAUUUGUAAAUAUACUGAGUUCCCCUGUUGCACAACUUUAUAUUUCUAAGUUGCUGGAAUCAAUAUAUGAAGCGUGCUUAAUCAGAGUAACCAUUUGAUAUGCAAUAUAUGUAAUGAAACUUAAUAGGGGAAACAAACAAAACCCCAUGAUUUUGUGUAUCUUGGAAGAAAUAAAACGGCUUCUACUUUUUUUUUUUAAA